GACGGUUAUCGAAUAACGAAUUUGGGUUAUGACUUUCUGGCUCUGAAAGCGUUGUGUUCACGUGGGGUGGUCGGCUCUGUGGGCAAUCAGAUUGGAGUUGGCAAAGAAUCUGAUGUUUAUAUCGGUGGAGAUCCAGAAUUGAACGAUGUUGUGCUGAAAUUUCAUCGACUUGGACGAGUUUCAUUUCGUAAAUUGAAAGAGAAACGCGAUUAUAUGAACAAGAGGAAGUCGUGUUCGUGGCUUUAUUUAGCGAGGCUAGCCGCUGCGAAAGAAUUCGCGUUUUUGAAAGCUCUUCACGAUCGAAAAUUUCCAGUUCCUCGCCCAUUGGACGUGUGUCGUCAUUUAGUGGUGAUGGGUUUCAUCGAAGGUGUCCCACUUAGUCAGAUCUACAAAUUGGAUAAUGCGAGUGAAUUGUACGAUAAGUUGAUGUGUUUGGUUGUUCGUUUUGCGAAAUAUGGAUUGAUCCACGGUGAUUUUAAUGAAUUCAAUUUGAUGAUUGAUUCGAAUGGUGAACCGAUAAUAAUUGAUUUUCCACAAAUGGUCAGUAUGGAUCAUGCGAAUGCACAGUUUUAUUUCGAACGAGACGUGAAUUGCGUUCGGACAUUCUUUAAAAGAAGGUCAGUUUGA